AUGGAGUCUCGGAUCUUCGGCAUUCAGGACGGAUGGCGGGAAUUUACUGUUCCUUCCUCGACGCGACCUACUCGGAGUUCGAGCUCAGCCCAAAACACUAGCGUAGCAUUGCAUCCCGACGCGCUGACGUGUCUUGGCGGGGGCUCGGUGCUUCAGACUCGGGGAGUAGACUCCGUUCAACCCAAUCAGCGCUUGCUGACGUGGCAGAUCCGAUCCGAAAUCCGCCAAUCGCACUCCGUUCUUGUUUUGAAAGAGCUCUUUCCGAAUUCUUCCUUCCCCGCGGCUAAGCCUGCUCCGCUCGUUACAGGAACAUCCGCGGCUGCUGUCGCUCGCCAGUUCUCUCAACGGCAGGGAUCGCAUGAGGUGCAUUUACGGUUCCCAGCGCCCCUUCUCCCGCUCGCAGCCUUUGUCGUCGAGCGCAACCCCGAGAUUGCCGACGACGGGGCAUUUAGCGAGGAUGCUUAUAACGUGGAUGAAGACGAUGAGGAGGAUGGCGAGGGGUUCGAAUCGGGAUUCUUUCGCGCGUCCCUGUACCUGCUGUCCUCAGAUGGCGUGAUAUACUCUAUAGACCUAGGGUUUGGGGGGCUUGACAGCAACAGUAGCGCAUUGAAUGGCGCAAACGGCUUAGGGUUUCGCCUAGACGGUGCUUCCAGGUUUGACACCAGGCCUGGCGGUGGUACGGGAACAAAACCUUCCGAACCUUCCCUCCUUGGUAACUUCUCCCUCGGCUGUUUGCGGUCGUUUCAGCUCCCGCCGAACCUCGUAUCCAGGCUCGGUAGCGGUUUGACUUCAAUAGCAGCCGGUCUGGACACGGUUUGCCUCGGCGGAGGUUCGGGUACUGUUCUCGCUGUCCCGUUCCACAAACUCGCCAACACUGUUGUGCCUGUAACGGGUGGCUCUAUAAAGCGGGAAGCAUCUGGCGGAGCGGGGGUGGCGGAGUUGCGGGAAGGGGAGGGCGCAAUGGCGCGCCUGUGGGGGAUGGUAGCCGCAAGCAGAGGCGCGUCUAUCGCGCCUGUACGGUCCAUUCAGCUGCUGGCGCGUGGCGGGCAGGGGUUGGCUGCGGUUGCGCACGCAGAUGGCGUGGUGAGGGUGUGGGAUGUUUCGAGGAAGGUUCGUGUGGCGACGGCGACGGUUACGGCGGAGUGGGGACCGGGCGGAGUGGCGGCUGCUGCGGGCGCGGGUCAGGCACAUGACGGCGCAUGGGCCAUCCAGCAGAUCCUUCUGCGCCCCGCGCCUGGCCCCACUCGCUCCGCCAACCCCCCCUCCUCCGCCACCACUGCAGCUGCCGCCACCCAGUCUAUACUAGUCAUCACCACCUGGGGGGGAAGGGGCGAGAGGGGUGCGGGCGAGAGGGGGACGGGCGGGGCAAGGCCAGCAGCAGGCGAGCAGGAGGAGGGUGAGCGCGAGCAGCAGCCGGUUGGGGAACGCGCGGUAGACGAGGGGGAAGGCGGGGAUCAGGGGCUGUGGAUUAGAGACGUUCGCGUGCUGCCCGCUGCAGGUGGUGGAAGUGGUAGGGGGCGGAGGGGCAGAGGGGGCGGAGAAGGGGCGGGAGAUAGGAAAGAGGUGGACGUGUGGAUGCUGCUGCAAGAAGGGCGUGGUCGUGAAGGCACAGGCACAGGAACAGUCCCAUCAGCCGCAUCAGCUGCAUCAGCGAACUACCACGCGGUGUGCCUGCCUGUGCGGUGUGUGCCGUCCGACAACAAUGGCUCUGCCACUGCCACUGCCACUGCCACUGCAGCGGCGGUGGCAUCUUCUCAGCAACUUCCCCUUCCGCCGUCGCCACUGUACGCACCAAUCAGCGCCUGCCAGGUGGCGGAGCAGCAGCUAUCAGCGUCACUGGGCCUCUCAGACUCGUCUCGCCACCAGUCCUUCUCCCCUCCGCCUGCGUCGUCAGCCACCGUGCCAGCAGGAGCACCUGCAUCUGCACCUGCUACAGCCACUGCAGCCGCUACAGCCUUGACAGCCAGUACGUUGGCUGAUAUGGGCGACAGCAGCAGAGCGAGCCUGGUGUCGGCCUUGGGCCUCGUUCCCUUCCUCGAGCUCUCCCCCGUCCUCUGCGCUCUUCCCAAUGCAUCCCCUGCAGGGGAAGAAAAUGGCAGCUCACUGGCAGCAGGAGCAGGAGCAGCAGGGGGAGCAGGAGGGGCAGGAGGGGCAGGUGAUGCAGUGAAUUGGAGCGAUGUGACUGAGUUUUGUGCCGAUGCUCUCGUUGCUCGUCUGCUCUGCCCGUCCGCUCUGCUCGAGCCUGCCGCUGCCCAUCUGCUCACUUGGUUACAGCACCACCACCGGCACUACCACCACCAUCAUCAGCAACAGCACCACGACCAGGAGUUUUUCUCCUAUGGCGGCCAACAGAAUGGCACGUUCGGAUCGUCCAAGCCUGAAGAUGUGGCUCGGAUGAGCCACGAUGCGGUUCGGCAGGCUCUCCUCUCCUACCUCUUGGACCGUCGGCCGGACCUGCAGGUGCUGCCGAGCCUCCUGGGCAGCUCGGGGGGCGAACCUUCUGAUCUGGUUCGGCUGGUGGAUCGGUGGGAGCACUUGGCAAAGCAAUACCUCCGAGCAUGGGCGGCUGUGAACGCGCCUGUAGGGCUGAUUGCAACAGCCGGUUUCGGUCCAGGCUCGGGGGCAGGUUCGGGCACCGGGGCUAUCGGUCUGGUUCGGGGAUGCACAGUGUCUCUGGUGCAAGCGCCUGAUGUGUCAAUGCAGAUAAACCUGUGGUGCAGUGCGGUACCUGCAGCAGCGCGCACAGCAGUGAGUGCAGCAAGGCUGGUAGCAGCAGUGUCUACAGCAAUACCCACAGGAACGCCAACGGGAAUCACUACAGCAGGGUCUGCAGGUGCAGCAUGUGGGCAGCGGGGCAGCUUGGGAGGCAGCCCGCUGCUCCUUUCACCCAGCGUGGUUCGUUCCCUGGCCUCCGCAAGACCAGCUUCGGUCGGACCCGGUUCAGGCAGGUUGAAUGUUGGCGGUCAAGGAAUCCAGCGGCCAAUGGAGGAGCGCCAGCUGGCGGCUGUGUUGGGAGAGCUUGCCAGCUGUCUGGAGCUGAUUCGCGGGCGAGUGGGCAGGCUGGUUUUGCUGGCUCUUCCUGCGUGUCUCCUCUCACCGUCCCUGCAGCCUGCUGAUGUGUUUGCACACGUGGCAAAGUUUUUGGAGUUUGGUCAGCUGGCGCCGGGCAGCUCGGGCAGCGUGAACAGGUUGCGAUCAGCUGCCCGGGAAUUCGUUUCCCAGCAGAACACGGAGCAGAGGGUGUUUGCAGUGAAGCUUCAAGCUGCCCUGGGGAAUUUGAGAGACGCAGCAGGAGGGAAAUGGGGCGGUGUACUCGAGGUAUUGGAGCUGCUUGUAACGAGUAUGGAUCUGGGUAGACUCCCAGAAGGUGCAUCUGCCUCUGGGUCCCAAGGUGCAGCAGCAACAGCAGCAACAGCAACAGCAGCAGCAGCAGCAGCAGCAGCAGCAGCAGCGGUGGAAGGGCAGAAUGGGAGUGGGGAGAUUGACGAUCUACCAAGCAGCACCCUCCUCCUGCCCUCCCUCUUCUCUCCCCUAGAGCUCUCCCACGGUCUCACCCUCUUGCUAGGCUCCCACCUCCACCUCCUCCUCUCCCUCCUCCCUCUCCUCCACUUCCUCCACCUCUCCCGCUCGCCGUUCCUCCUCUCCCCCUCCGACCGUUCCUUUCUCUCGCGUCGCCUGCUCCCCUUCACUCACUCCCUUCUCUCCUCCACCCUCCUCCUCCACACUCUCUCUGACUCAUUUGCUGCUCGGAGCCCAGAGGACGAUUUUUCUGUGGACCUCCUCUCGCUGCAUAUUGGAGGGAAAGGCGUUGCUGACGUGGAUGGCGAUGCUGACAUGGGGCUGCGGCUGCUGGAGCAGAGUCAGUACCACGUGGUGAAGCUUCUCUUGGACUGUGUCGAUCGAGACGCACACUUUUCCAACAGCCUGUUGGCUCUUUCCCGAGCCAGAACUUCUGGUUCGGCCGAACCUGAAGCCUCGGCUGCGCGUUCCUUCCUGUUGGGGUUUGCUCUGGUUGCAUGCGCACACGUCCCUGCUGACCUCCCUGCCUGGUUUCAACUAAGUGCCACCAGCAGCAGCAGCAGCAUUAGCCAGCUAAGUGCUGGUGGCAACAGCAAGGGACAGAGUGUGCUUUUAGCAGGAGAAGGGGGAGGGCGUGAUUCAGCAGCGAGGGAGGCCAUGCGGGCAGCACUGGUGGAUCGGGCAGUGAAAUGUUUCUUCCGGGCAGCGGAAGGAGUGGGAGCGUGGGUAGCAGGAGCUGGUGGCGGGGAGGGAGGGGAAGCGGGGGCGAGCAUGGGAGAGGGUGGGAACCCGCUGCAAGGCCUACUGGAGAUGUUCAGUGGCAGUGCGAACAACAGUGUGGGGAGCACCACUGGUACAGUAGCAGCAGCCGUACAACCCGCAGCAAAUGCAGCAGCAGCAGCAGCAGCAGCAGCAGCAGCACCAGCAGCCACAGCAGCAGCAGCCGCAGCAACGGAGGCACGGCAGCGGUUGAGGUACUACGAGGCGGUGAUGCGGCUGCUGCAGCGCUACAGCGAGGGGCCCUCUGCCGCCCGCUUCGCCCUUGCCGCCAUCCACGAGGCCGACGCCGCCUUCCCGGAAGCUUCCCACGACGAACGCGACGAGGAGCGGCACUCACAAGCAGCGGCAGUGGCAGCAGAGGAAGCGGGAGGAGUGGGGGCGGGAGCAGUGGGGGCGGGAGCAGUGGGAACGGGAGCAGGGGCAGCAGGGGAGGUGGUGCGGGGUGUGAAGGGGCGGCUGUGGGCGAAUGUGUUUGAGUAUGCGGUGCAGGGCGGGCAGUAUGACGAGGCCUUCUGUGCUCUCGCCUCCAACCCCGACCCACUCACCCGCAGCAUCUGCCUUCGCCAGUUCGUGGCUGUGCUCUUGCCAGCAGGACCAUCGGCAGCAUGGGCUGCAGCACAAGCAGCAGCAGCGGCUGAGGCAGCUAGAGCAGGGAGGGCGCUGUCGACUCUGUGUGGCCGCGAUCUGCCGUACGCUGCUGCUGACCUGCACGUACAGGUGGAGCAGGAGCUGAUGUGGCUCGCUGAGAACUCUGACGUGGCGCUGUCCCUGCCGCUGUCCACGUUAGCGUCGGCGCCGGCUGCCACGUCAGCGGCGCUGGGCAGGGUGAGCCCGUACAAGCUACUGUACUCGUUCCACGUGGCGCGAUCUGAUUGGAGGAAGGCGGCGCUGGCCAUGUACCGAUACGCAUGGCGAUUAGGCAGGGAAGUGCUUGGCUCGAGCAGUACCGGCAGCAACCGCACUGCACCCACUCCCACUCCUGCUGCUGUUUCUGGGAGUGCGGAUAGGAGGAGGAAGCAGGGAGUGAGUCCUGGGUUCCACCAGCCUAGUCCCGGAAAGCUGUUCAGUCCGGUGCUGAAGGGAAGUCCGGGGAUGACGUUGGGUGCAGAGAGAAUUCCCGAGGUGAAGCUGAGUGCAGUGCGGUUGAGAGAGAUGAGCCUGGCGGUGGCAAUUCAGGCGCUGGAGCUGAUGGUGUGGGAGGGACGGGUUGCGGGAGGGUGGGAGGACGGGGGAGAAUGGGCGGAAGAGAGGGGAGGGGGGGGUCUGGAGAGAGGCGAGUCCGGCCAAAAGGGGGAGGUGGGGAGGAGGGACAGGCGGCGGCGUGCCAUUGGGCCGCGGCACGGAGCCGGUGGGACUGGAGGAUCUGCGGAGGGAGCAUGCGCUGGUGGCCGCCCAAUCACUGCUCGCCACGUGUCCCGGGACCACUGCAGCGCUGCUGGGUGA